CUUGCUGGAAAAGAACCCACGCAGUUGUGUUGCUUUGCUCCUCUGGCUCUCAAAACACUUCUUGAGCAGGGGAAGAGCGGGACUGGUUAACAGCCUGCAAGCCACGGAAGACCAGCCCCCCGCUAUGUAACCAAGUGGGGUCUUUUGUUGUCCCAUCUGAACUUUGCUAGAGGAAACACCGAGGCAGCUUUUCCUAUUGGUGGCUGCAAACAGCGGAGGAGCUGGGAGAAGCAGGAGCUGGGAGUGAGGCUUCGCUCUGGGGAACAAUGACAGAAGAAAGCAAAGGGGAAGGGAAAGGGGAAAGCGGGAAGGAUCCGGAGAAACAGCUUCGCCUCAGGGUGUGCGUUUUGAACGAGCUUCUGAAGACUGAGCGGGACUAUGUGGGCACUUUGGAGUUCCUGGUGUCGGCAUUCCUUCAGAGAAUGAUCCAGUUUGCUGCCUCCAAAGUGGAUAAAAAUAUCACAGAGGAAACAGUUAAGAUGCUGUUUUCAAAUAUUGAAGAUAUUCUUGCAGUUCACAAGGAUUUCCUGACCCUAGUGGAGGAUCGUUUGCAUCCUGAACCUAAUGCACACCAUGAAGUGGGAAUCUGCUUUCUUCACUUUAAGGACAGAUUUUGUAUCUAUGAUGAAUACUGUAGUAACCAUGAGAAGGCACAGAAACUUCUGCUUGAACUUAACAAAAUAAGAACAGUACGGACUUUUCUUUUGAACUGUAUGUUGCUUGGAGGACGUAAGAACACAGAUGUUCCACUGGAAGUAUAUCUAGUAACACCAAUACAGAGAAUAUGCAAGUAUCCCCUCCUUUUGAAGGAGUUAUUGAAGCGGACGCCAAAGAAACACAGUGACUACACAGUAUUAAUGGAAGCUCUGCAGGCCAUGAAAGCUGUCUGUUCCAAUAUAAAUGAGGCUAAGAGACAAAUGGAAAAAUUAGAGGUUUUGGAAGAAUGGCAGUCUCACAUUGAUGGAUGGGAGGGGUCCAACAUCACAGAUACAUGCACGGAAAUGCUAAUGUAUGGAGUGUUGUUGAAAAUUUCUGCAGGAAAUAUCCAGGAGCGGGUAUUUUUUCUUUUUGACAAUCUUUUGGUCUACUGUAAACGAAAACACAGACGAUUGAAGAACAGCAAAGCCUCUACUGAUGGCCAUCGGUAUCUUUUUCGAGGCAGAAUAAACACAGAGGUAAUGGAAGUGGAGAACGUAGAUGAUGGCACAGCUGACUAUCAUAGCAGUGGCCACAUUGUUGUUAAUGGCUGGAAAAUCCACAACACAGCAAAGAACAAAUGGUUUGUAUGCAUGGCAAAAACUUCUGAAGAGAAGCAAGAAUGGCUGGAAGCUAUUCUAAAAGAGAGAGAGAGAAGAAAAGGUUUAAAAUUGGGUAUGGAACAAGAUACUUGGGUGAUGAUCUCUGAGCAGGGAGAGAAGCUCUACAAAAUGAUGUGCAAACAAGGGAACCUAAUCAAAGACAGGAAAAGAAAACUAACUACUUUUCCCAAAUGUUUUCUGGGAAGUGAGUUUGUGUCCUGGUUACUGGAAACUGGAGAAAUACACAAAUCUGAAGAAGGUGUUCAUCUUGGCCAAGCUUUGUUAGAGAAUGGCAUUAUUCACCAUGUUACAGAUAAGCACCAGUUCAAACCUGAACACAUGCUCUACAGGUUCCGUUAUGAUGAUGGAACAUACUAUCCAAGAAGUGAAAUGCAGGAUGUGAUUUCCAAGGGUGUAAGAUUAUACUGUCGUCUUCAUAGUCUGUUUACUCCAGUUAUUAGGGAUAAAGAUUAUCAUCUGAGGACCUAUAAAUCUGUAGUCAUGGCUAACAAACUGAUAGACUGGCUAAUUGCACAGGGGGAUUGUCGGACCAGGGAAGAAGCGAUGAUCUUCAGUGUAGGACUUUGUGACAAUGGGUUUAUGCACCAUGUCUUAGAAAAAAGUGAAUUUAAGGAUGAGCCACUUCUUUUUCGCUUUUUUGCGGAUGAAGAAAUGGAAGGAUCAAAUAUGAAGCACAGGCUUAUGAAACAUGAUUUAAAAGUAGUGGAAAAUGUCAUAGCCAAGUCACUAUUGAUUAAAUCUAAUGAAGGCAGCUAUGGUUUUGGUUUAGAAGACAAAAACAAAUUACCAAUUAUUAAAUUAGUGGAGAAAGGGUCAAAUGCUGAGAUGGCAGGCCUGGAAGUUGGGAAGAAGAUAUUUGCCAUUAAUGGUGACCUAGUUUUUUUGAGACCCUUCAACGAAGUGGAUUGCUUCCUGAAAGCAUGCUUAAACAGCAGAAGGCCCCUCAGGGUACUUGUGAGCACAAAACCAAGGGAGACAGUGAAGAUCCCUGACUCUGCAGAUGGGCUUGGAUUCCAAAUCCGGGGCUUUGGUCCAUCGGUUGUCCAUGCUGUUGGAAGAGGAACUGUGGCAGCUGCAGCAGGUCUCCACCCUGGACAGUGCAUAAUUAAAGUGAAUGGAAUUAAUGUCAGCAAAGAGACUCAUGCAAGUGUUAUCGCCCACGUCACAGCCUGCAGGAAAUACAGGCGUCCAAUGCAGCAAGAUUCCAUACAGUGGGUAUAUAACAGUAUAGAGAGUGCACAGGAAGACCUUCAGAAAGCGAACUCCAAACCCCCUGGAGAUGAGGGAGGAGAUGCCUUUGACUGCAAAGUGGAAGAAGUAAUUGACAAAUUUAACACAAUGGCAAUAAUUGAUGGGAGGAAGGAUCAUGUGAGUCUCACUGUUGAUAAUGUUCAUCUGGAAUAUGGAGUGGUUUAUGAGUAUGACAGUACGGCUGGAAUAAAAUGCCAUGUGGUGGAGAAAAUGAUUGAACCAAAGGGCUUUUUCAGCUUGACUGCAAAGAUUCUUGAAGCCCUGGCUAAAAGUGAUGAGCAUUUUGUGCAAAACUGCAACAGUUUGAAUUCUUUAAAUGAAAUAAUCCCCACUGACCUCCAAAGUAGAUUCAGUGUAAUUUGCAGUGAGAAAAUUGAGCAUAUCUACCGAAGAAUCUCUAGUUAUAAAAAGUUUUCACGAGUGUUAAAAAAUAGAGCAUGGCCUACCUUUAAACAGGCCAAGUCAAAGAUCUCACCACUUCACAGCAGCGAUUUCUGUCCAACCAACUGCCAUAUCAAUGUAAUGGAAGUCUCUUAUCCUAAAACCUCAACUUCUCUUGGUAGUGCCUUUGGUGUGCAGCUAGACAGCAGAAAGCAUUCUUCACAUGAGAAAGAAAACAAGAAUAGUGAGCAAGGUAAACUGAGUCCCAUGGUUUACAUACAACAUACCAUUACCACCAUUGCAGCCCCUUCAGGACAUUCCCUAGGUCAACAGGAAGGCCAUGGUCUGAGAUAUUUGUUAAAGGAAGAGGACUUAGAAACACAAGAUGUCUAUCAGAAAUUGUUGGGCAAAUUGCAAACUGCACUGAAAGAGGUGGAAACAUGUGUCUCUCAGAUAGAUGACCUUCUCUCUUCAAUAACCUGUUCUCCCAAAUCAGAACGUAAAACACCUGAGCCCUUAAUACCAACAGACAGUGACAAUGAAAAGGGAGAAAGGAAUGGGAGAAGGGUCUGUUUCAAUGUAGCAGGUGAUGAGCAGGAAGAUUCUGGUCAUGACACCAUCAGCAACAGGGAUUCAUACAGUGAUUGCAAUAGCAACAGGAACUCCAUUGCCUCAUUUACCAGCAUUUGCAGUAGCCAGUGCAGUUCUUACUUUCACAGUGAUGAAAUGGACUCAGGUGAUGAACUUCCCUUAAGUGUUCGCAUUUCUCAUGAUAAACAGGACAAACUUCAUAGCUGUUUGGAGCAUCUUUUUGGUCAGGUAGACUCAAUUGUCAAUCUUCUGAAAGGACCAGCUGUAAUGCGGGCCUUUGAACAAACCAAGUUCUUCACGCCAGGUCGAGGCCUGCAAGAGUUUCAGCAGGAAAUGGAACCUAAGCUUAGCUGUCCAAAGAGAUUACGACUUCACAUCAAGCAAGACCCUUGGAACCUUCCCAGCAGUGUUCAAAAUCUUGCACAGAAUAUCAGAAAAUUUGUUGAAGAGGUGAAGACAAGAAUACUUUUGGCACUCCUUGAAUAUACAGAUAGUGAGAUACAGCUCAGACGAGACAUGGUCUUCUGCCAAAGUCUGGUGGCCACAGUCUGUGCUUUUUCAGAGCAACUAAUGGCUGCCUUAAAUCAGAUGUUUGACAACAGCAAAGAGUAUGAAAUGGAGACUGGAGAGGCCAGCAGAAGGUGGUUGGAACAGAUAGCUAAUGCAGGUGUCCUCCUUCACUUCCAGUCAUUGUUGUCACCUAACCUGACUGAUGAACAAGCCAUGCUAGAAGAUACGUUGGUUGCUUUGUUUGACCUGGAAAAAGUUACUUUUUAUUUUAGACAGUCAGAACUAGAACCAAUAGUCGCAAAUGUUCCAAUCACGUAUCAAGCAGAAGGAAGCCGGCAAGCUUUGAAGGUUUACUUUUAUCUUGAUAGUUACCAUUUUGAGCAGCUUCCUCAAAAGCUGAAGAAUGGAGGAGGGUUUAAAAUCCACCCAGUACUUUUUGCACAAGCACUGGAGAGCAUGGAAGGAUAUUAUUACAGAGACAAUGUGUCAGUAGAAGAAUUUCAAGCCCAGAUUAAUGCAGCCUCACUGGAAAAGGUCAAACAGUAUAACCAGAAACUCAGGGCAUUCUACCUGGACAAGUCGAACCUCCCUCCAAAUUCAACAUCAAAAGCUGCUUAUAUAGAUAAGCUGAUGCGGCCCCUCAAUUCUUUGGAUGAACUUUACCGACUGGUAGUGUCUUUUAUCCGAUCCAAGCGCACAGCGGCUUGUGCUUACACUGCUUGCAGUGCCUCUGGAGUUGGAUUGCUGUCAGUUUCUUCAGAACUCUGUAGCAGACUUGGAGCUUGUCACAUCCUAAUGUGCAACAGUGGAGUUCAUCGAUUCCAGUUAUCAGUCAGUUUAAAAAUGGUGUUGAUGUUAGUCAUAUGCACUGGGCUGCCACCCGCGUUCCUGACUCAGGGAACUCCAGUUAUUAGAAAGAGACAGGGAGCAAGAGUGCAGAACACUGCCAAGAAUUUAGGAGUGAGGGACCGAACACCACAAUCAGUCCCAAGAUUAUACAAACUGUGCCAGCCACCACCUCCUGCUGGGGAAGAAUGAAGAGAACUACCCAAGAAGUAAUCAAGUAACAUCUUUUAAGACAUUGGACUAUACAGCAAAAUUAAAUGGCGUUCUAGUAGAACGUGCUUGGAGAAUUGAUAAAUAGAGGCUGUUUACUCGGGAUAAAGAAGUGUCUGUCCUUAAUAUUUUUCUAUCGGCAUUGGACAACUGACAUCUGGAGAAAAUAUUUCUGGACUCCAUGCACUAUGGUCUCCCUUCCAUAAAAGAGGAACUUUAUGAGUUUUUACCUGGAAAUUUUACACUGGAAUCAGGUUGUAUCUCUUGUGGCCAGUUCAGCAACACAAAUAACCCCAUUAUGCAUUGUCAGCAGCAUGAAAGCAAAUAUCUAAUGGCAAAGCCAUUCCAUCUGAACCAUAUAAAAGCUGUUCACAGAAUGAACUCAAAAGAGAAAAAAGCCUAAAAUAAAUCCUCCAGAGUUUGACACUUGACACCAUUUGAUGUCCCAUGCACUGCUAAUUCCCUUCUUUCCCACCAAUAUUUUAUCAUAAUUUCCUAAUUUUUAGCAAUAAGGAAAUUAACACUUCUGGUAGAUGCUGUAAAUGCCUAUUAAAAAUAAGAAUUAAUCUCACAAGUAGUCCCAUUGACUUCAACCUGACUACUCAUGUGAAUAAAUACUUAUUUUAGCUCCAACACAGUAAACUCAGCUAUGUCUUAAGGGGUCAAUUGUUGUACUGGGUUUAAAGAAGCCUAUUACUGCAUAGUGAAUUGAUGGUGCUGUUUUACCCUUUCUGAAGUUGCCAUAAGAAUGAAAAAUAAACUUCAGUUAGAGAAAAUUGACAGUAUGGGUCCGAUUUCCACUCAUAAUUAGAAAGAAGUUCAGACUUUGACCUGUAAAAGCUGUCUCAAAUAUACCUUGUUGUGCUUCUGUAUUUCAGGGGUCUUCAAACAGUAGUGUAUAUCUUUGUACAGUAUUAUACAUGCUAUAAUAGCUAAGCAGUGUACAUUGAGCUAAGGGCAAACUUCUAGCUUUAAACUGGAAUAUUUUGCAUUUUAGAGUAUUUAAGAUAAAGCAUAGUUUUGAAGCUUAAUAUUUUUAUACCAGCAUAUACAAUAUUUUGUCAGUUACAUUUUACAGUUGUAGAAGUUGUUGGAGAUUGGUGACUUUAUAAUGUUAUGGAUUUAAUUUGCAGACUGUAUUAAGAAUGUUGAGGGACCAUGACAAAUAUACACAUGUUUAAUUGUUUUCUGGCCAAAGUGUUUUUAGAGAAAAUAAAUGCACCAAAAUUACCCUUCACAUUCAUACACAUUAAAGCAAAAACAAUGUUUUAAAAUAUUGCUACUAGUAAUAGUUAGAUAUUAGAGAGUAGCGUAUAUAAUCUAAAUCUAUAAGUAUUUUCUGUACUACAGCUAGUUAUAGUUAUGCGUUGGCACAAAAACCUCUACAUCAUAGAUUUAGCAGAUCUAUAUUUACUUAUUUAUGAAUUUUCAACACAUUUAUUAACUCUAACUCAUACAGAAAUAUGUCAGUACAGAGUUUUUUAUGUAGGACGUACCGUGGGUUUAUUACUUUUCUCCAAAGGAGACAUUAAUAUGCCUACCUUCUUCAGUAUUCUUGAUUUUGCUAUAAAGAACUUCAUUUUGGUAACAAAGUAAAUAUUUUUGUAUACACACAGGU